AUGCCGAAUCCGGGCAUGCAGAACCACGCGCAUACGCCGCGCGUGCGCAACGGAGACCUCCAGCCCACGGCGCUCCAAACACCAGAGCCAGCGUCAGCUAAGCGCGACCUGACGUCGUGGUGGAGGCAGUUUAGCAAACGCCCUGCGAGAAAGGAGGACGAAAAAGAGGCACAGCCCGGAAUUUUCGGUGUACCCCUCAUACAGAGCAUACCCUAUGCGAACGUAGCCAUAUCGCUAUUCAACGAGCACGGAGAAAGCUACAUUUACGGCUACGUGCCCAUCGUAGUCGCAAAAUGCGGUGUAUAUCUCAAGGAAAAGGGUCCGUUGCUCGAUUCGACCGACGUUGAAGGCAUAUUCCGACUAGCGGGGUCGGAAAAGAGGAUCAAGGAGCUAAAGACUGCAUUUGACACCCCGCCGAGAUAUGGAAAAGGCCUCGACUGGACAGGCUACACAGUACACGACGCAGCCAACAUAUUACGGAGAUAUUUCAACAACCUUCCGGAACCAAUCAUUCCACUCGGGAACUAUGAUCCGUUUCGCCAACCGCUGCGUGGCCAUCAGGCCGAGGCAGUAGGAUACAUAGAAGGACAAUCUCCAUCCACGGGAGGAUUUGAUCCGGAUGCAGCUGUGCGGAUAUAUCAACAUUUGAUCAAAGGAUUGCCAUCCCUCAACCGCCAGCUGCUCUUGUACAUUCUGGAUCUGCUGGCAGUCUUUGCUGCCAAGUCUGAUGUUAACAAAAUGACGACUCACAAUCUUGCUGCCAUUUUUCAGCCUGGUAUCCUGUCCCAUCCACAGCAUGACAUGUCUCCGGCCGAUUAUCGGCUGAGUCAAGACGUGCUUAUCUUCCUCAUUGACAACCAGGACCACUUUUUGAUUGUUGCAACAAAGCCAGUGGAAGAGGUACCCGAGACGGCCCCUCAGCGCGCGCUGACAAUGCCGCCAACAAGGAUUGAGAUGCCCCCUGCAGCACCAAUGACGACUUUACCGCAGGGAAAACCAGCACUCGUCACUCCCGUCCUCGACCAAAUACCCGGGGCAUUUCCUCUUCCAUCGCCUGGCAUCAUACCGCCAAGCGAAGACGUGACACCAAGCGCAACUGCACAGGUAGUGUCGGACCUAUUACCCGCUGUUCCUUCUGCCACGGGUCAACGCAGUCCUCACUUAACACCGACACGAGAGAGGGCCGAAUUCAUGGAGGGACCCGUCGAUUCAGGCCCACCCGCUGAUAUGACACCAGCUACGCGCACCUUCACCCAGAUCCUGGCCAAGGCCGGCGCAUCGCCGUCCAGUGAUGCAAGAGAAGGUCGAAAGCCAAACAAACUUCAAAAGAAACGCAUUCCGAGCAGUGCCAUCUCGAGUGCCCACAGUUCUACGCACUCUCUCACAGGUGGUGACAUUGGCGUUGGCAUGGUACACAUUCCUCCAUCGCAACAUUCGCCGCUGCAUCCUCCACAGCUUCCCUUUGCCCCUGGUUACUCACACUCAAGUGGCUCAAAAGAUGCUUUGUCGUCACACAACAACGACGCCGUCUCUUCGCGUAAUUCUGGUACAACACUAAAGCCCAGCAUGUCACCAUCCGGUUCAUAUCGCUCUCAUUCCACUGCGACUGAGUACUCCGAGACUGCCGAUCCGACCGAAGAGAUCAAGGAAGAGAAGCGAAGCUUUUGGAAGGGUCACAAGCGAGGCGAAAGUCGAGCAACGCCUACUGCAAGCCAGACUGACUUGCAUGGAUCAGUACCUGGGGGCGACAAGAGCAUGAGCUCAUUUGGCAGUAGUUCUGGAUGGGGAGCUAGCGGCUCUCGGCGAAGUCUACAAUACGACUCGCAUCAGAACUCGGAUCUCUCCACAGCAUACGGGAGCCCACCGGAUUCCGACAAGCCAGAAAAAAAGGGAAGUGCGUUUGACUGGUUUCACAAGAUGAGACAGGACCACAAAGAGCCUUCCUCCCUCCACCGCAUAACCUACGGGCGCAGCAAGACAGUCCCAAUGGUCGAGGACGGUCAAUGGAGGGUUCGCGGCCUCUGA